GCCCACAUCCUCCGAGCCCGGAGGCCUUCCAGCAUGGACGUCGUCAUUCCCGCGCCCGGCCAGCUCAAGGUCCUGAGCCAUCACCAGUACGACCCGAAAGAGUCUAUCUCCCCGAGCACAGUCUCGCCGAAUCCGUUUGAGCAGUUCCGCACGUGGAUGACUGAGGUGCGCGAGCAGGUGCUCGAGCCUGAAGCGAUGUCGCUCUCGACCGCGAACAAGGCCGGCGUGCCCUCGAGCCGCUUCGUGCUCUUCAAGCAGCUCGACAGCCGGGGCUUCGUCUUCUAUACGAACUACACCUCGCGCAAGUCUCGCGAGCUCCUCGAGAACCCGUAUGCUGCACUUGCGUUCUACUGGAAAGAGGUCCACAGGCAGGUCCGCGUCGUCGGCCGUGUCGAGAAGCUUACCCAUGAGGAGAGCGAAGAGUACUACCAGAGCCGUCCGCUAGGGAGCAGGCUUGGGGCGUGGACGAGCCCGCAGAGCUCAGUGGUAGAAGAGGGGGAGCUGUCGAGGAGGCUAGACGAAGUCAAGACCAAGUUUGCCAUUGAUGAAAGUGCCAAGGAGGCGGAGGUGCCGCUUCCUGAUUUCUGGGGCGGUUGGCGGGUAGUUCCUGACGAAAUCGAGUUCUGGAUGGGAAAGCCAUCUCGCUUACACGACCGUGUGCGUUACUUACGAGUAGAAGGUUCCUCGGACAACAGCCCGCAGUGGAAGAUUGAGCGGCUGGCACCCUAGCAUGGUCCUAUUGUCAUAGAACCCAAGUCCAAUCAGAACUGUACAACAACAAUCCUUCUGGACGUCCUAUCUACGACAAAUAAAUACCCGGAGAUUUAUAGAGUACAUAUUACAUCAAGAAGGGUCAUCCUUGUUCACAGGAAACAUUACUGCGUCGAAAAUAUGGAGAAAAACUUAGCAAAUAAGAGUAUUGAUCCGGUACCAAAAGAAACGCAAUCUAUAGCCAGCUCAUCCAGCUGCUCUCUGCAAUAUCGGCGCCCAGCGCCCCACCGGAGGCAGCAGCAUAGUCGCCAUUGUAUCCCGUCCUCCCGGCGGCGGCGGACCACGACAUGCCCCGGGCGCGGCCAGGAAGCUCUCCAGGGGCGCUAUAUGAGCGCACAUCAGACUGUGCGUGCAUGAUCGCGCCGACGGGUCCGCGGAUGCGUGUCAAGUGGAAGCCGGAAGGCAGGCAGGGAUCUGCCGCCGUCGCUUGGUCCAAACAACGCCGGAGAUGUGCGUGCGCGUGCUCGAACGGAUCCGAGAUGUUAGCGUCGGCGGCAGAGGAAAAUUCGCCCGCCGGUGGGAUAAUGCGCCGUGCGAACUGGCAGAUUUCAUCUUGCAUCUCGUCGUGCGCCGUCUGCACGCCGCCACGCCAGUUGACGUAAUGCUCUCGACCCCGUGCGACAAGCUUGUCCAGGAUAUGCAGGUAUGAAGCGACCUUCGGCACAUGGUCGCUAACGUCCUUGAACAAUGUCAAUACCUUAUCAAGCUCUUGCAGCGCACGGGGUGUGAUGCCGAGGGACGGAGCGCGGGAGACGAGGAAGCACAGUGCACACGCGGCUGAGAAACAGUUUGACCAGAAGACCAUAAAGCGCGUGCUUAGCGCCGGCUCCCACGAGUACAGGGCCUCCACAGACCAAAUUAGUUUGCAUGCGCUCGAGUAGACCGCUAGGACCGAGGGUGUAUAGCGGUGCUUGACUGUGAAAUCUUGCGACGAGGUCAGGGCCUGGGUGAAGUAGUUCCUGUGUAAAUGCAAUAGCGCUAUCUCGCGAGUGCAUGCGGUCAUCGCCUGUUGCAUUGCUUCGUUGGUCGUCACUCUGUCAUUGUCGACCAUCUGCAGCGUUGGCGGGACAUCGAAAUUCCGGACCCGGUUGUCAAGCCCGAGAAUCUCGGUAUAACUGGCCGGCUGCGUUGAUGAGACACGAUCCAAGACUGGGAUCAUGCAGUGCUCCAAAAAGCUGUACUGCCAAUGAUGAUACUGUGCGUCUGGUGAGUCGCCAUUGAACGCUGGUUGCUUGGCGUCUACAUUGCGCAAACAUAUUGAGGGCGGGCGACGUAACAUCAGGGCCAGUCGCGCGUCCGCGCCGACCAAAUCCCAGAAGAGCGUUCGUCGUUUGUCUGACUCCUCGGGAAUAAGCUUCGACCUAACGCCAUCCCGAUGAAUACCGAUCGAAUAUGCCAGCCUGGUCGCGAGGCCCAUAAUUCCCCAUGCGUACUCCAACGCCUUCUUAUUGUCGGAAAAUGUCAGGAGGUACCAUUCCAUGAAGAACAGAGCAUUGACGGCGUCCAGGCUGGUGUCGUCCAUAAGAGGCACCUCGCACAAUGCCGCUCGUGCGAGAUUAUGGUACAUCUCGGCCUUGUGUCUAUCCGGACCAUGGCGAAGGUCGACCAUCGUACCUAUCGCGAGAACCAUAAGGAAGAGCCCCAAUCGAUGGGGCAGCAGUGCAGAUAGCGACGUGGUGUAGACGCUGUGUAUAAGAUUAGGAAGGAAAGUCUCGCUCGCGUCCGGUAGGUAUUGCCAGAAUGCAUUCAUCCGUGCCUGUUCACAUAGGUGUUCGGCAUCUUCCCGCCGCGGGAGCAUGUCCCGGAGUCGCUGCCGCAUGUCAAGGUCCAGCUCAAAACAUAUCGACCACGGCGAAGGGAACGAGCGAGCGAGUCUGGCCAAUUCGGGCGAGACUUCUUGCUGUGUAGGCUGGUAAUGACCGACCGGAGUGUUGGAGGUAGUGGCAUACUCUUCCCCGUCCUUUGACGAAGCCGCGGGACUUGUAUGGGUGUGAUCCUCGAUUCUACGUUCGGGAGUAGUAUCGUGGACCAUCAUCUGUUGAUCGAUCCCGAACAAUUCGGGCGACUUCUUGAUGAGCAACAGCUCCUGCCGCAGGAGGGGAUGCUCGGCGUGGGACAGCUUGGAAUUCGUCGACCGCAGCGCAUCCUCAAGCAGGUUUAUGCGCUCGCUCAUUGUCUUGAUUUUAUCGUGGAGUUGUUCGGUAUUGGCGAGGAUAAACCUGCUACCUUUCCCUCCUGUGAGAGCACCUUCAGGGCAUAUCUCCGCACACCCUCGCUUGCGACAUGACUGGCAGGGGAAGACACGGUCGCACUUGAGCUUUAAUCUUCUACACUCGCCGCAAGACAGUGGCCUUUUCCUGCCCUUCCUUGCGCUCGCCUCGGCGUGGUCAUCGACCUCCAAGUGGACUCCGGACGGACCGGACUGGGGGUUAUACGGGCGGUGGCCAUCGUCCCCUUCCUUGCGCUGUCUGGGACGUUUCAGAGGCCGUUGUUCUGAGCCAGCGAGGUCUACUUCGUACUUGACAUAGUCCAUCGCAGGGGAGAUGGAG